AUGAGUAUGUCAUAUUCAUUCCCUAAAAUCCAUUCCUUUCCCCCGUUAUAUACCAAACAGCCUAAUGCAACUAUAUUUUCAAAUCAGCUUGAUUCAUGGUGUGACAUAAUACUUUCUUACUGUGAGCACUUCAAAGUACAAUCUUUAUCUAGCAAUGGGAUUCCUCUCCAUGCACAAGACGAAACGACAAAUAAGACAGAAUACCCUUUAAUAUUUGAAAACAAGGGAAUCGGAAGGGCUGCCAAUGAGGAGCUCAAACAAGCUGUAUUCAAGCAUCUAAUUCACAAAUUGUGUAAGGCAGAUUAUAUUGAUCCUAAACACCCAGACUUGGGAAUAGUAAUAUACUGGAAGUCAUUGGCCGAAUGGAGUAAUUUGCUUUACAAUUAUGUGGACUCAGCAGGGCUACGUGGAACUAUUUUAACGGUAUAUGAACUAACAAAACUGGAAGAGAGUCUGGUUCCAAGCCAAUUAAGGAAUUUGGACCCUAAUCUCUUGAUUAAGAUAAUAAAGGAAGUACUAGUUAAGCAAGGGAAAGCGCAAAUACUCGUGGAUGAUACUAAUAAUGAAAUUGGAGGGGUUAAGAUCGUAUGA